ACUAGAGGGAAAGACCGUUCCUCCAUUCACAAGACAACAGGAGAAGAGAAGAAAAAGGAAAUACAUGAGAUCAUAAAAGGAGUUAGAGAAAAUCGUGAUGGCUAGAAGAAGAAGAAAACCCUCCUUUUUCAAGGCUCUUGUACAUGACUUCUCCAACCAGUUGGAAAUCCCUCCGGCUUUUUACGUGCAUUUUGCUGGAGAGGUACCUCGGAGGUCUCUUCUUCGGACCCCAGCUGGAACUUGGAAUGUAAAUGUGGAAAAGGUUAAUGAUGGUUUCUUUUUCCAAAAGGGUUGGAAGGAAUUUGUGCACGACCAUGGUUUAAAGCUUUGUGAAUUUCUAAUUUUUCGAUACGCUGGAAAUUCGAAAUUUGAUGUUGACGUAUAUGGAAGAAAUGGGUGCGAAAAGGAGUUUGUAAUGGCGGUUAGCAAAAAUGACAGAUCCCUUGAGGAGGGACAUGAUAAUGCAAUUCAUGGAACGCAGAAUGUAGAUGGCCAGGGCUUUGGCUCAGCUGAUGGAACUACAACUAGUCAAGCCACUUGUGCCAUAAAAAAUGAAGUAAUUGAUGUUGAAUCUGAUACAUCGAUGGAUAUUGAUGAGCCUGAUACUCAAGAGGAUCAACUUAAUGAGGAUUCCGAAAUUGGGUUGCCUAGAGAGUUGGGUUCUACAGAGCAUUUUUAUUCAAAGACUCAAAUGGAAAAUCCGAGUGAAGCUCUUGAAGCAGCCAAAAAAUUCUCUUCGAAGCAUCCUUUCUUCAGAGCUAUUAUGCGUAAAGCAUAUGUGGACAAGGGAAGACUGGUUAUACCAAAGAGCUUUCAGGCUAGUUGUAUUGGAAAAAAAAAGUAUGUCAGGCUUCAAGACUCAAAGAGGAGGUGGAUUGUGAAGUGUAUUUCUCGCCGCAACUCUAGCAGGCUCUCCGCAGGGUGGUACCAGUUUGUAAGGGAUCGUGCUUUGAAAGUGGGAGAUGUUUGUGUGUUUGAGCUGAUUGACAGAAAUGAUGCUGUGAUGAAAGUUUCUAUUUUCAGAUGCAACAGUUGAGUUGUUUUUCAGUAUAAUGAGCAGUUUUGCAUGCGACGCCAGAUGCUUUUGAGCCAUAGGCUUCCAGGUUUUGGCUUAUUUCUGUACGUUUAAGAAAGGCAAAAUAAACUUUCAUUUCUUGUGUAUUUUGAGACUCCAAGGAUUUCACUUUGGUCUAUCUAGCCUCCAAGUUUGAAGGAAAUGGAGAUGGUGUGAGUUUUGUGAAGACUCAUCAGUUAUGGACUUGGAUGUGGCCGGUAAUGCCAAGGUUGGGUUGCUUAACUAGUUCCCUUGGCCAAUGGUUUUUUAAAGUAUGCAAGGAGCAAGUAGUUUGAGAACAUUUACCUCAGCAUGUCUUCUA